AAUUUAUUUUGAUUUUUGUAAAUUGUAAUCUCUAUGUAGAGUGUGAAUACCCGGAACAAUUUACAUGAUUAUUUUAUCUGUCAAUUCACCACUAACUCAGAAACUAUGGCCAAAACUCUGGGCAACAACACGGGGGAGAUCUUAAUAUCAGCCCUGAAGAAGCUGAUGAAGAACACUGGCUGGACUGCGAGGACCAUCAUCAAGUUCAUCAAGCUUGAAUAUCGUAUCACAGACCCGAAGAUUAGCAAGAAGAUAUCCAGGGCGUUGAAAAGGGGCGUCAAACUGGGCCUUCUGCAGGUGAAGUGCGGUCGUUACCGGCUCAACAAUAUGUCGGGCUUGGCGCGACAAGUUAGCAUGCGACAGCUGCGUAUGCGCCGACGCGACUGUCGCGAGCGACAUCGGGCGAAGCUGACGCCUCUGCGCAUCAGGAGUCGUACGCCGUCGAUGAUUUACUGA